AUGUGGUUGAAAGUGCUUGCUAUAGCCAGUCUGGCCUGUCAAUUUUUCGUGGGAAGUAUGGCUUACUCAAGUAUCGUGGCUUAUGGAAAAGGAGCGGCUGUUGUUAAGGAUGUUGUGGACACCAUAAACAGCCUGGGAAUUUUUCCAAAUGAUAAAAAGUUCCUCUGCCGUGUGGCCUGGGUCGAGUCGAGAUACGGAUUGGCACGUGGUACAUACAGGCGUGGUUACUAUGGCGGUAUUUGGCAGGUUAGGAACUAGCAACAAAUAGCCCUUUACAGAACUUGAUCACCUGCCUGGCUAUCACUCAGCGACGGCUCGCUGAAUGGCAAGCCAUCCGAGCGUUAAUUCCGAUCUCAAAACUUUGAACUGAAUGCGAUCGGGCGGAGCAUUCCUAGUUUGAUUAGUCGGUUGAAUAUUAACCGAAAUGACUGGACUACGUUUGAAUUAAACUAGAAAGGGGAGGAAGGCUUCGUCUGAUUGCACUCCACGGGGCGGGCGGGGGAGGGUUAAUUUUUACUGGGUAUGUGCCUCUGGCCUCUCAGAACCCCUAUCUCAUUGUAGUCUAUUCUGUGGGCAAAUAUAGACCGCCUCUUAGUCACUUUUGGAAAAUGUAAUUCUCGCGAUCCCAACUUUGUAGCAACUUUCUGUUUGAGCAUCUACUUUACUUGUAAAGCCUUUUACCAAAGGCACCCUGUAAUGAAGAAUUGACACAUCGGUUAAACUUAAUGACGUAAAAAUCUUCUCAUUUUUAAAUCCACACCUACCUGAAUUUUCUAAUGUCCCAAAUCCCGAAAAUAUGCGAUCCCAUUCUAGUAACUCUUAUGAAAAUGCAACCCCAUUAUAGUCAAUCCAGCCGUGAAAAUGUGACCCUAUCUAGUGGCACAUCCCCAUUGGCCUAUUACUAACAGAAGUAUCCACCCCCGGGAUUACAGUCCACUUUAAUUUCAGUGAUGGAUCUGAAUGAUCGCUAGAUCGCACUCAAAGCUCUGCGAUCGGAAUGAUCGCUUGGAAGGCUUGCCGUCCAGCAAGUCGUCAACUAAGUUGUAUCCAAGCACGUGACCUUGUUCUGCAAAGGGCCUAUUGAAACAGUCAUCAGAUCUAGAUUACAACUAGAACAAACGUCUGAAGCACUUUUUGCUUGAGACAUUACGUAAGAGGAAUUUCAUUUACCAUUUAUUAGCUCAGUUGGGAGAGCAUCCGUCUGACUAGCGCGGGGUCGUGGGUUCAAACCUCGGCCUGACCAACAACCAGGGUCUUUGAAACAGGUGAGAUCAUGCUGGCUGUGAUUUGACACCUUGUUUCAGUUUAGAUGAUCACGUUAUUUGGCAGCUACGUUAAGCCGUUGGCCUUUUCUCCUUCAUCCUUCUUUCAUUAGUCAAAUCGAAGGGUACGUAAAAGAACCAACACUAGUGUUAAAAACGAUUAAGGAUAGCUUCCCUGGUGGUGUGGUCCACCUUUCACGUAUCACGCAUCACGUAUCACGCAUCAGGCAUCAGGCAUCAUGCAUCACGCAUCACGCAUCAUUCAUAUCAUGGGCUGUGGGAAGGUUACAGUAAACUCAUAAAUGGACUGAUAGCGGCUGCCACUGGCGCCCCUGUAUGCUGAAGUCCGAGCUUACUGUUAGACAUGUUAAUAUAAAAUGUAACGAGGGAGCGUCCUGUUGUCCUCUAAUCAACGACAUUACAUUACAUUAUAUUACAUGAAUGGUUAAUGUAGAGAAUUUUUAGAUGAUUUUUUGAAUGUUUUUAAUGUAUAAAAACUAAGGGAGUGGGGGUAUUUAAAAGUUUGGAAAAUUAGAAAAUAUUGGAUUUGCGGGUUGUUAAAAAUCAAAAUAUGAUGUGGUAGUUCAGUAUACAUAUGACCAGAUUGUCCACUAGAUUGUCCAAACUGUUGUAAGGGUAUACUCCCCCCCCCCAAAAAAAAACAAAAACAAAACAAAAACAGAAUGCCCCCUUAAUUCCCCCUCAUAUUCCACUAUAUGGCAGAACCUCAAAAGCAUUCCAAACUAGAAAGUGGUGCCCGAAAAGGGUACCAUUUUCAGGCUUCAGGGAUGUAAAAAGGGAGGACCGAUUUUGCUAUGGGUACACUACGGAAAGUAUCUGUCCUUUAGUUCUGUAAAAAGUCCCAUAGUUAACAGAUACAUUAAUUUAUAGAAGCUGAGAAAAAGUCGAGGAAACGUUCUGUUUAUUCAUAUUUUAAAGACAGACGAGUGCAUUUAUAUUAUAAGCUGUUAAAGGGAAUGCAACGUUGUAAUCUAGGUAUAUGAAAGAGGUACGGCCAAUUAUCAAAAGAAGGUUCAACAAAAGGGGUACCUUUACUUUCAAAAAUGGUAUAUCAAAGAGGGUAAGGAGUUGAACCUCGGGGCAGAGCAUUCCCAUAUAAGAUUUUGUUAAGUAAUUCUCCUCCCCCCCUCCCCCCCCUGCCCCCUCGGGCUAUAUGUAAAAAGAUGCAGACACUGACUCGUCUUAGGUCUAGAUACAAAAAUCCGGAUUUUUUUAGGAUUUUUAGAGCCAAACGGGAUUUUUAGAAAAUUUUAGGAUUUUUAGACGAUAAUGUUUAGAGAUUCUACAGUUGUCAUGGUUUUGGCCUCGGUUAUGCCACUGAUGAAAUGUUAAACUUUAAAUUACGAAGUGCUUGUUUGAAAAUUAAUAUAUUAUAGAGACAAACCACUUACAUUGUCUAGUAAAUAAAUUAUCAUUUAGAAUCAGUUUGAAGGUGUUUGCAUACAAUUUGACAACAGGACCUGUGGUCAAAUUGCACAGGUCACACGAAUUCCUUAUUGAAUGCAUAUUAUGUGAUUAUGCCGAAAAAACAUUGGGAAAAAUCGAAUUUUUUUAGAAUAAAUUUCGAGAUUUUUGGAAAUAAAAUUGGGAUCUAUAGACAUUUUUUUGGAGAAUUUCCGGAUAGAUUUUUUGGCCAUUUUUCUGGAUUUUUGUAUCUUGGCCUAACCUAACCCGUCCCCAGUCGUCUCUCACAACCUCUCCCUUGUGGCGCGCAAGAUGUGAUGGGAAGGAGGAAAGCGACGGAGAGUAGUCAUCCUCUCUUCUCCCUUCCGAUCACCCCCUGCUCCCCCAGUGUGCGUUACGCGCGAAGACAACUGGAGACGAGUCAGAUGCAGGCACGAAUUAUCCUGGUGGUGAGUCUACACCAAACAGGCCUGUCAGUCUCGUGCAAUAUUGCAAUUGUUUAAUAGGUUGACAGAAUUGGUCAUCUGGAGACAGUCAGAAACGCUCGUUUGAGGGGAUACUGGUCUCAAAUCAAGGCCAAACUCGGAAUAGACUGGACCAAGACAACGUGGCAAGACUUGGUGAAACCGCUGUAUUCUGGGCUGGCUGCUCGUUUGUAUCUUGUCAGGAUUCCCGCCGCGAUUCCAUCUAACCUGCAAUCGCAAGGCUCGUACUGGAAGAAAUACUACAAUACAGUGGCUGGAAAAGGAACAGUUACGAAAUUUAUUAAUGAUGUGAGACGAGCAAGUGGCUGCGCAGUAUAG